AUUCGCGGUUAAUCUCUGCUUCUGGCGCCGCCGCCACGUAUCCUACUCUUAUAGAACCAAAAAACAGAUUAAAAAAAUACAAGCUUUGUUCCUUUAAUUAUUUUUCUUGCAACUUUCAAUGGAGCUAAACACUUACUCUAUCAACGAGCUUCGACAUUUCUCUUCUUGUUAUAUUGGUCUUCGUUCUCUAAACUCCAAAACCGCCGUUAAAUUAUCCCAAUCUUCUAACUUCAAUGGACUCUUUCCUCGACGCCUCCGCCCUCUCAGGUUAGGGUUCCGAUCGAACUCGCCGAUCAUCGCAUGCAGCUCCAUCGCUGAGACUGAUACCGAGACUUCUUCUACGGCAUCCGACAGACCCGUCCCCGUCAAUCCGGUUUAUGUUCCCACGCCGGCUAAUCGAGACACUCGAACUCCUCACAGCGGGUACCACUUUGAUGGAACCACUCGACAAUUUUUUGAGGGUUGGUACUUUAAGGUAUCAAUCCCAGAACGAAAACAGAGCUUUUGCUUCAUGUACUCGGUGGAGAAUCCUGUAUUUAGGAGGAAACUGACCCAAUUGGAAACACUGCAGCACGGACCUAGAUUUACAGGAGUUGGGGCUCAAAUCCUUGGUGCUUAUGACAAGUAUAUAUGCCAAUACAGUGAUGAAUCUCAGAACUUUUGGGGAAGCAGGCAUGAGCUGAUAUUGGGGAAUACUUUUUUAGCCAACAAAAACUCACGACCUCCAAGUAAGGAGGUCCCUCCUGAGGAAUUCAAUAGAAAAGUUUUGGAGGGCUUUCAAGUUAGCCCACUUUGGCAUCAAGGCUUUAUUCGUGACGAUGGCAGGACAUCUUAUGCAAGAACUGUUAAAACUGCACGUUGGGAGUACAGUACUCGCCCCACCUAUGGAUGGGGUGAUGUUGGGUCCAAGCAGAAGUCAACAGCUGGCUGGCUUGCUGCUUUUCCCAUAUUCGAACCCCAUUGGCAAAUUUGCAUGGCUGGUGGACUUUCAACAGGUUGGAUAGAGUGGGAUGGUGAAAGGUUUGAGUUUCAAGAUGCUCCUUCAUACUCGGAAAAGAAUUGGGGUGGAGCCUUCCCUAGAAAAUGGUUUUGGGCUCAAUGCAAUGUCUUUGAAGGUGCAAGCGGAGAAGUUGCAUUGACUGCUGGUGGUGGAUUGAGGCAACUGCCUGGCUUGACUGAGACCUUUGAAAAUGCUGCAUUGAUUGGAGUGCAUUAUGAUGGGAUUUUCUAUGAAUUUGUGCCUUGGAACGGUGUUCUAUCUUGGGAAAUUGCUCCGUGGGGUUACUGGUGCAUCGCCGCGGAGAACGAGACACAUAUGGUUGAGUUAGAGGCAACAACAAAUGAUCCAGGUACAACAUUGCGUGCUCCAACAAUAGAGGCUGGUCUUGCUCCCGCAUGUAAAGACACUUGUUUUGGUAAUCUAAGAUUGCAGAUCUGGGAAAAAAAAUAUGGUGGCACUAAGGGGAAGCUAAUCUUGGAUGUCAAAAGUGACAUGGCAGCUCUAGAAGUAGGAGGAGGGCCAUGGUUCAACACUUGGAAAGGGAAGACCACUACACCAGAGGUCCUUAAAACUGCUCUUCAGGUGCCUGUUGAUGUGGAAGGGAUUUUUGGUUUGGCUCCAUUUUUCAAACCCCCUGGACUGUGAUAAGAGAUAGAUCAUUCAUUACAUUAACAAUGCAUUGACUUUAUAAAGUAUAUAACAACAAUUUGUUUAAGAAAUCCUCCUUUUGAUUGAAAA